UCGUCGGUGCGUGUGUCUGUGGGGGGAUGCGAGGGCGGAGUCCGUGGCUCGGUUAGCUUAGCUAGCUCUCGGGCCACUUAUCGAUCCGGGAGAAACGAGAGAGCGCGCUUUCUUCCUCCCUCUCUCCUCACUCUGACCCUCUCUCCCUCUCUCUCUCCCCUAUCCCCACCCAAUUCCCGCUACCCCCUUAUUUUCUAAACCCUUGAUCCUCAAAUGCCGCCCGCAACAUGACAACAUUACAAAGUAUGAUGUCGUCGGCGGACGAUGAGGAGCCGCCACCAGCCGCCGACCACGAAACCGAACGUGUAGAUUUGUGGCAGCAAACUUUGCAGGCGGCGGUGGCGGCUUCCUCCGGCCAAGACGCGACCAAGAAACGACCACAACAAAGGAAACCGUUGCGGCAAGCAAAUGUGGUUGAGCGAUCGGAACGUUCAUUGUUGUGUCUUUCAUUGACCAAUCCAAUCAGGAAGAUAUGUAUUGCUAUAGUGGAAUGGAGGCCAUUCGAGUACCUUAUAUUAUUGAUGAUAUGUGCCAAUUGUAUAGCGUUAGCCGUUUACCAGCCAUACCCUGCUCAGGAUUCGGAUGCAAAAAAUACUAUAUUAGAACAAGUCGAAUAUCUGUUUAUUGUUGUGUUUACGGUCGAAUGUGUAUUAAAAGUGGUUGCACUGGGUCUGAUCUGUCAUCCGGGUGCCUACUUACGAAACGCAUGGAACAUUCUCGAUUUUAUUAUAGUCGUUAUUGGAUUAGUGAGUACAAUUCUAUCCCGAAUGAAUAUUCAAGGAUUCGAUGUGAAAGCUUUACGAGCUUUUCGUGUGUUACGACCGUUACGGUUGGUAUCUGGAGUGCCGAGUUUACAAGUCGUACUGAAUGCCAUCCUUCGAGCCAUGAUACCUCUAUUACACAUCGCAUUGUUAGUCUUAUUUGUAAUUUUGAUCUACGCUAUUAUCGGGAUAGAGUUGUUCUGUGGCAAGCUGCACUCCACCUGUGUUGAUCCGGCUACCGGUCAACUAGCACAGAAAGAUCCUUCACCAUGUGGAAAUGAAGGCUCUGCAUUUCAUUGUGUUCCAUCGGAGGCAUUGUUAGAAAUGGGCGUGAGAUGGGAAUGUUCGGCCAAUACCACUUGGGCAGGACCAAACAAUGGAAUCACAAACUUCGAUAACUUUGGUCUAGCUAUGCUCACUGUGUUUCAAUGCGUAUCUUUGGAAGGAUGGACAGAAGUGAUGUACUGGGUAAACGAUGCUGUUGGACGUGAAUGGCCUUGGAUCUACUUCGUUACGCUUGUAAUUCUUGGCUCAUUCUUCGUGCUGAAUCUUGUUUUGGGUGUGCUUUCUGGAGAGUUCUCUAAAGAACGAGAAAAAGCUCGUGCUCGUGGUCUUUUCCAGAAAUUUCGAGAGAAACAACAACUCGAGGAAGAUUUGAAAGGAUAUUUGGACUGGAUCACGCAAGCCGAAGACAUUGACCCUGUGAAUGAUGAACAAGAGGAAGAACCGCAGGCGACAGCCACCGGUGAAGAAGUGGAUGAAGAAGGUGAAGAUCGAACGGAGGACGUGCGACCAUCGAAGUGGCGUGCUAGGAUCAAGAGAUUCGAAAAAACAAAUCGAAGAUGUCGUCGCGCAUGUCGACGUCUCGUAAAAAGUCAGACUUUUUACUGGCUUGUGAUCUUGCUUGUAUUGCUCAACACAUUAGUGCUUACCUCAGAACAUUAUGGGCAGAGUGAAUGGUUGGAUCAUUUUCAGACCAUGGCUAAUCUGUUCUUUGUAAUUCUUUUCACAAUGGAAAUGUUUUUAAAAAUGUACUCGCUUGGUUUCACCACCUACACAACAUCACAAUUCAACAGAUUCGAUUGCUUUAUUGUCAUCAGCUCCAUUCUCGAAUUUGUUUUGGUCUACUUACAACUUAUGAAACCUCUAGGUGUUUCUGUGCUUCGAUCUGCUAGGCUUUUGAGAAUUUUCAAAGUUACAAAGUACUGGACGUCACUGCGAAAUCUCGUCUCAUCAUUGCUAAACUCUCUCCGAUCCAUCAUAUCUUUACUGCUGUUGCUAUUCUUGUUUAUCGUCAUUUUUGCCUUAUUGGGGAUGCAGGUCUUUGGUGGCAAGUUCAACUUCAAUCCUCAGCAGCCAAAACCGCGCGCCAACUUUGACUCUUUCGUCCAAGCCUUGCUCACUGUGUUUCAGAUCCUAACGGGUGAAGAUUGGAAUUCGGUAAUGUACAAUGGCAUAGAUUCUUUCGGUGGUGUUGGCUCUAUCGGUGUUAUAGUAUCCAUAUACUAUAUCGUGUUGUUUAUAUGCGGUAACUACAUCUUGCUCAAUGUCUUCUUGGCUAUCGCUGUAGAUAACUUGGCCGAUGCUGACAGUCUAACAAAUGCUGAAAAAGAAGAGGAGCAGCAAGAAAUGGAGGGCGAGGAGGAAUACGACGAGGAUGGUGAGGGAUACGGUGAAGGAGAAGACAGGAUGGAUAUGGAAGAGCAAGAAACCGUGGAUGAUCUGGUAACUCCCCGUCCUCGACGAAUGAGCGAAUUACCACAGGCGACUCCUCACAAGCCGAUACCGAAAGCUUCAUCUCUUUUCAUUCUAAGCCAUACAAAUCCAUUCAGGGUGUUCUGUAACAAAAUCGUCAACCAUCAAUACUUUACCAACAGUGUUUUGGUUUGUAUUCUCGUCUCAUCGGCUAUGUUAGCCGCAGAAGAUCCACUUGAGGCGGAAUCGCAAAGGAACAAGAUACUUAACCGUUUCGACUAUUUCUUCACUACCGUAUUCACUGUAGAAAUUACCCUGAAGGUCAUCGUGUUUGGGCUGGUGUUCCAUAAGGGGGCAUUUUGUCGGAAUGCCUUUAAUCUGCUGGAUAUUCUCGUUGUCGCUGUCUCACUGAUCUCUUUCGUGCUGAAAUCAGAUGCCAUAUCCGUUGUAAAAAUUCUUCGUGUGCUUCGUGUGCUUCGUCCUCUUCGAGCCAUUAAUCGAGCCAAAGGUCUCAAACAUGUGGUGCAAUGUGUGAUUGUGGCCGUGAAAACCAUCGGUAACAUUAUGCUGGUCACCUUCAUGCUGCAGUUUAUGUUCGCCAUUAUUGGAGUACAACUGUUCAAGGGCACUUUCUUCUCUUGUAAUGAUCUGUCGAAAAUGAACCUUCAAGAGUGCCAAGGUUAUUUCAUUGAAUACGAGGAUGGUGAUCCCACGAAGCCGAUAUCGAAGAAGCGAGAAUGGAAGAACAACGAUUUCAACUUUGACAAUGUUGGCAAUGCUAUGAUUUCCCUCUUUGUUGUCUCCACAUUCGAAGGAUGGCCUGAUCUACUUUACGUUGCUAUCAACUCAAACGAAGAAGAUCAUGGUCCAGUUCAUAACAGCCGACAAGCAGUAGCUCUAUUCUUCAUUGCAUUCAUCAUUGUAAUAGCCUUCUUCAUGAUGAACAUCUUCGUCGGUUUCGUUAUCGUCACAUUCCAAAACGAAGGAGAACGAGAGUACGAAAACUGCGAGUUAGACAAAAAUCAGAGGAAAUGCAUCGAAUUUGCCCUAAAAGCCAAGCCACAUCGACGCUAUAUCCCCAGAAAUCGCUUUCAAUAUCGUGUUUGGUGGUUCGUGACUUCGCGGGCGUUCGAGUAUGUCAUCUUUCUCAUCAUCGUGCUCAAUACGGUGUCGUUAGCGUGCAAGCACUAUCCAUCCGGACACACAUUCGAGUCACUUCUCGACAUUUUGAACCUGGUUUUCACAGGAGUGUUCGCAUUCGAAGCGUUCUUCAAGAUCAUCGCGUUGAAUCCGAAAAACUACUUUGGUGAUCGGUGGAACGUGUUUGACUUCUUGAUCGUUGUGGGCUCAUUCAUCGACAUCAUCUACGGCAGACUCAGUCCCGGUGGCUCGAAUCUGAUUUCGAUCAACUUCUUUCGUCUGUUUCGUGUGAUGCGGCUUGUCAAGCUGUUAUCUAGAGGAGAAGGCAUUCGAACGCUGCUGUGGACGUUCAUGAAAUCAUUCCAGGCUUUACCUUACGUCGCUCUGCUGAUCGUGUUGCUUUUCUUUAUCUAUGCAGUAAUCGGAAUGCAGGUUUUCGGCAAAGUUGCUCUAGAUGACUCAACCCAAAUACAUCGUAACAACAACUUUCAUUCGUUCUUUGCUGCAAUUUUAGUUCUGUUCAGGUGUGCAACCGGUGAAUCUUGGCAAGAGGUGAUGUUAUCGUGCGCGGAUCGUCCUGAAGUGCGAUGUGAUCCGUUGUCGGACGAUUAUAAGAAGGACCGGGAAGCGAGAUGCGGUGUCAACUUCGCCUACCCAUACUUCAUUUCAUUCUUCAUGCUUUGCUCAUUUUUGGUCAUCAACUUGUUCGUGGCUGUCAUUAUGGACAACUUCGACUAUUUGACCAGAGAUUGGUCAAUUCUUGGACCACAUCAUUUGGAAGAGUUCGUACGUCUAUGGUCCGAAUACGAUCCUGAUGCUAAAGGAAGAAUUAAACAUCUUGAUGUCGUCACGUUACUUCGAAAAAUCUCACCUCCUCUUGGAUUCGGUAAAUUGUGCCCACAUAGGCUGGCCUGUAAGCGCUUGGUAUCGAUGAACAUGCCGCUGAACUCGGAUGGUACGGUUUGCUUCAAUGCGACAUUGUUUGCGCUGGUUCGGACAAAUCUCAAGAUCUAUACCGAGGGUAACAUCGACGAGGCAAACGAGCAACUUCGAGGGGCAAUCAAACGAAUAUGGAAACGAACACCGGCCAAAAUGCUUGAUGAAGUAGUUCCGCCAGCAGGAAAAGAAGACGAUGUGACUGUGGGUAAAUUCUAUGCGACGUUCCUAAUUCAGGAUUACUUUCGUCGUUUCAAAAAGCGAAAAGAACUUGAGGCGAAAGGAAUUAUGCCAACGCAUACACCACAAGCGAUGGCACUUCAGGCUGGUCUUCGUACAUUGCACGAAAUUGGACCGGAACUCAAACGAGCAAUUUCUGGAAAUCUUGAGACUGAUUUCAAUUUCGAGGAUCCGGAACCACAGCACAGACGAACUCAUUCUCUCUUCAACAACAUUGUGAAUCGUAUUGCUGGCGCACGUUCACCUUCGGAUCACGGAGAUAGAGAGUCACGCCCAUUCUCGCCUAGCAAUUCGUUGAGUGCCGUUGAAGCGAGUCCAAUGCUUACGUCCGCUCCUCGUGGUCCUGUUCCAAUGCAACCGGCAAACGGUGGCACGAGAAGACUGCCAACGCUACCUCCUAUGUAUGCAAAUCACGUCCGUGAUGAGACCAUCAAUAUGAGAAUUGAUGAUCAGCCAGUUGGAUUGGAUGGCAAUAACCGGGUGUUGAUGGCUAAUAGAAGUAAUCUUGCCGAUCCCGACGAUGAGGAACAUUGGAUUGGACGACAUCCACGUCCUGGUGAUCGUCGAGCUCUUCCACCACUUCGUGAACCUCUAAUUAUGGCUCGAAGUCAAGCCUUGGCACUUGCUGGUAUGCCAUCGGAGGCUUAUGAGGGAACUUAUCGUCCUGUUCCUGAAGGAAAAUCAUUGAAACUGCCGUUUAAUAGAGAGGACGACACACGACCAGCAGAUCGCUUGGUCGGACAAGCGCUAGGACUUGGCCGAUACAUGGAUCGUCGCGUUGUUGGCGCAGCUCGCCGCGAAAUCGAGGAAGCAUUUGCGCUGAACGAUCGUGAAAUCGACAUGGCGGCCGAUUCCCUCGCACCUCAGUACAUGCAACACGUUGGUAUGAACGAGAUGCGAGACUACAACGAGUACUCGCGGUCGGGUCUGCUUCGACCGACCACGCAACCAUCGCAGGAAAGCGGUGGAUCGCAAGAAGAUCUGCUCCUUGUCACCACACUUUAAUCAGUUCAUUAGCACUAGUUAACUGCCGUAAGUCAUUGAGUUAUUGAAGCCGGUAGGUGUUCUGCUUGUGAUAGAGAAUCUCUAAAAAGCGUAUGAAGCUUUGUUUCCACGACUAGAUUGUCUAUUCGCUUUUUGAAUCUAAUAUAUCGCAGCUAGAGAAGAAAAGCCAUAAAUUUAACCUCCUGCCCAUUUUUCUAGUCAUAUUUGUAGAUCGCACGGACUGGACGUCAUUGCGGACAACUCUCGUUGUCUGCCGUCUCUUCUAACUGCAUACUCUCUAAGAGAGACAGUGAUGCACAGUCCAUGCGUCGGACAUCUCACAUAGAAUUGUUUCUUAUUCUAGUCAGCCCCUUGAUAUUUUUU